AUGCCCAUGCCCCCAGCACCGGCGGCUGGGAUGGGUAUGGGUAUGGGUAUGGGCCUGGGGAUUGGUAUGGACGGAGGCAUGGAUAUGCCGCUGGGGGACGACUUUGUCGAUUAUGGGCCCGCUCCGGACCAAGACUUCGGACUGGAGAUGGCAUGGGGCAUGAACCCCAACUUCCGCCUAGAAGAGUUCGCCUCCGAAAGAGAUCUCGAAGGCGACAGGGAGACUACGUGCAACGAAUGUUGCUAUUCGUUCUUUGAUGCUUUGUGUGGGGUGCCCAGAGGCGCUCGAGACCUGAGGAGGGAGGCUGCCGGCGAUGGGGAGGUGGUUCUGGACGACAAUGAGAUGGCGGCGGUGUGA